CAGCGAAUCAUUGGCGUGAAAUCAUGGCAUCUCGGUGUGGCUUUCUCUGCCUUUUCUGCAUCCUGGUCAUCAACAAUCUGCUCCUGGCAACUUUGGCCAUCGACAGCGAAAUCGUGGAGGCCGAAACCGGUGGACUCAAUGCAACUGACCCCAAUGAAGCCAUGCAAAUAAGUUUGGAGGAGGUGUGGAACCCCAACGAAACGGUGCAGGUGCAGCCCUACAACAUCCUGGAGGCCAACUGCCCCCAGGGGUAUGUCCUGGCUAACAAACAUUGUCAUAGGCGAGCCUAGAAAUUGGGAAUAAAUUG